AUGACACAAGAUGCUCCCCGCUCUACCGGUAGAUCUCCCGUUGAUGGCUCGCAUACGUACGAGAAGCACGACCUCGCGAUCGAGUUCACCCACCAAGCCGAGCGAUUAGCCCAGCUCACGCCCCAGCAAGAAGAUGAGACGACUGGCUCAACACAGGCAGCGGAAGCAAAAUGGGUCACUCCUCUAGACCCAGUAGUAGAGACGGUCGAUGGAGCCCGAUUGCCAGCUAUCCCAGUUGCAGAGGCGAUCAAACUCAAUCACCUGAAAGAUGAGAUGGAGCAUAAACAACCACGAAAUCCUCCACGAAGUGCUUUGAGACACGGCAAGGAUGGCACCGCACAUGGCUCCUUCACACCAAGUACCGAUGGGUCAACUAGGCAGAGCGAAAAGCUGGAUGCACCUCUGGGCGAAGCAGUCCCUCCUUCACGGACAAAUCCUCUGUUCCCCCCUCUACCUAUGUACGGACCCCCGUCUGUACUACGGACAUUGCAAUGUUGGUUCUUUCGAGUAUCAUCUGCCAUACUGUCAUUCGGCUUCCUCCUCGCCAUUGUAGCGGGUGCAAUUGUGGAGGCAUUUCCGCGUAUGUUCAAGAGCGCGAGGGCUUUGGCCAAGCUGCAAAAUCCAAAGAGGCUGCGACCUUUCUACGAUGAGGAAGCGAGAAGGAAGCAUGAAAGGAGAGCAGCAGAAAAAGCUUGGGUGCAGCAGCAACGCAAGGGUACACAAACACCAUCUGGAGAAAAGGGUCCGAAUGGCGAGCAGCAACUUCCCCAAGACGGUCAAUUCAUUCCUACCGAAGGCGGUCCAGAUCCACUCUGCAUAGACGUCGGUUACUAUGCAAGACGUGUUGGUUUGGAUGCAGAGACCUUUGACGUGCAGACCGAGGAUGGGUUCAUUAUUGAGCUUUGGCACAUCUUCAAUCCUCGCGAGUAUACGAGGCCUUCCAAAGAAGCCUACCGCGCUCAGCCUCCAGACCUCUUCCGCACCAAGCCCUCCGAUCCAAGUUACGGUGAAGCCCAGAGGGCCUUUCGCGAGGGCAGAAAGAAGUAUCCUGUGCUCAUGAUGCACGGCUUGCUGCAGUCCGCGGGCGCUUUCUGUUGUAACGACGAUGACUCCCUGGCUUUUUACCUGGCAAAAUCUGGAUACGACGUCUGGCUGGGGAACAACCGCUGCGGCUUCAAUCCCAAACACACCUCCCUCGACUAUGGAGAUCCGAGAAUGUGGGCCUGGAACAUCCGCCAGAUGGGCGUGAUGGAUCUCGCCGCACUCACAAGCCGGGUGUUGGCACAGACGGGCUUUCCGAAGCUUGCUCUCAUCGCACACAGUCAAGGAACCACUCAAACUUUCGUAGCGCUCGCGAAAGAGCAGAGACCAGAGAUUGGCGAGAAGAUAUCUGUCUUCUGUGCUCUGGCACCAGCGGCCUAUGCCGGUCCUCUUAUUGGCAAGAUCUAUUUCAAGGUCAUGCGGUUGGUCACGCCCUCGAUUUUCAGGCUGAUCUUCGGCAUACAUUCGUUCAUCCCACUCAUGAUGUUCGCACACAAGGUGUUGCCCGCCAGACCGUACUCGUGGAUGGGAUACCACGUCUUCUCCUUCCUCUUCAGUUGGAGCGACAGCAGAUGGGAAGGCGGUCUCCGGGAUCGCAUGUUCCAAUGGGCGCCUGUCUAUGUCAGUGCCGAGAGUAUGCGCUGGUGGCUAGGCAGAGAAUGCUUUGCGAAGCAUCGAUGCAUCCUGGCGACUAAAGAAGAAGGCCAGCUGGAGGAUCUGGAGGAUGAAGAAGACGACGAAGUCAUCCGACGAUUUUACGUCGAUCGGGAACCACACGUCCCGUCGCGGAGGAAAUUGCAGCGUAAUUUGACCAGUUUCCACUGCCAGACCCUCACGCAUCAACACAAUGAUUCUAAGAGGGGGAAACUCUCGUGGUACGACGAUCAGUUUCCUCCUCUCGCGCUCUGGGUCUGUGGCGCCGACGACUUGGUUGAUGGAAGAAGGCUUCUCCGGCGUUUCGAUCGCGGUAGGGAACCGCACGUGAGGGUGGUACACAAGAGAAUCAUCGAAGGAUAUGAACAUCUGGAUGUGAUAUGGGCCAUGGAUGCGAUUGAGAAGGUGGGCAAGGAGGUGCGUGAGGUCAUCUGGCGGACCGCAGAAGCGGAAUCGCAAGCGAGAUGUCGUGUUCCGGUCGGCUGUACAGCACGCGGUGGUGAAGUAGAAGAAAAGGAGACUUCGGACGUGCCCAUGAUGUAUAGCGGUGGAAGGAGAAGGAUGGCUUCGAUCAGUCAAGGCGUGUCCACUCUCCGAACCUCAGUAAACGAAGACGCCGAGGGCCGAACGCAGGUUGAUUUCUCGAAAGAUUCGAGCGAAGACCAGGAGAGAUACGAAGAACGGAGAUCCGAAGUGGCUGAUUCUGCGCAUUCAUGGGAAGAUGGGGAGAAGUUUGACGAGAAGAAUGAAGGGAUUGAUGAUGCAGUCUUCAACCGGCGGCUUUCGGAUGCACAUUUUGAGGAUGUGCAGGAGAAGGGCAAUCCGCUGGAACACUUCAUCUGA